GACUGCUGAAAUUUUCGAGGCUGGUCAUAGUCGGAAUCAUUCCAGGAGAACCAGAGUCAGUUCUUGUGAAGAAGUGAUUAGGCUGGAGACUAUGGCCCAGAGAGCAGGCUCAGGUUUAGACAUUUACAGAAGGUUCCAGCCACAUCUCCUCAUGGUACUUGCUCAGAUUGGCUAUACUUUCCUCUAUAUUAUCACUGAAGCUUGCUUUAAUCAUGGGAUGAAUCCUCAUGUCCACAUAACAUAUCGACACAUUAUAGCUGGCAUUGUGAUGCUCCCUUUUGCCUAUUUCCUGGAAAGAAAAACAAGGCCAAAGCUGACAUUCGCCCUUUUUAUCGAGAUAUUAGUUCUGUCCAUCCUUGGGGUGAGUUUGACUCUCAACAUGUAUUUUGCAAGCUUGAGAUAUACCUCUCCAACUUUCCUUGCAGCAAUUGUCAACACUGUUGCUUCUUUGACAUUCAUAAUUGCAGUUGUGCUCAGGUUGGAGGUUGUUGAUCUUCAGAAUCCUCGAGGAAUAGCCAAAGUUCUUGGGACCUGUGUCUCCUUGGUUGGUGUAACGACGAUGACAUUGUACAAAGGUCCUGCCAUAAAAAAUCCAUGGCAUCCUAUGAUCCAUAUUCAAGGAAAGUCCGUCAUUCAUGAGAAUUGGGUGAAGGGUUCAAUUCUUACUGUUGCAAGCUGCAUAACUUGGUCUAUAUGGUACGUCAUGCAGGCAUUUACAUUGAAACGAUAUCCAGCACCACUGUCACUAACAACUUGGAUGAGCUUCGUUGGGGCAGCACAAUCAGCCGUCUUCACAGUCAUUGUGCAGCAUAAACCAGCUGCUUGGACAAUUGGAUUCAAUAUUGAUUUCUGGGCUACUUUAUACGCUGGAGUGAUGUGUUCGGGUUUAAUAAUCUUCAUUCAACUGUGGUGCACGGAAGAGAAAGGGCCAGUUUUCGUGACUAUGUUCAAUCCCCUUUCAACAAUACUGGUGGCAGCCGUGGCAUACUUUGUCCUUGGUGAAAAGCUUUACACGGGCAGCAUUUUAGGGGGAGUAAUUGUGAUUUUUGGCCUGUAUUUGCUGCUAUGGGGCAAAGAUCGUGAUCAGGAAGCUCGAGUUGGAAGAGAAGAGCAACCUUACUCGGUUAAUGACCAGGAAAAUGACCCUAAAGAACAGAAAAGCUUUUCAGCUGAAAGGGAAGGAUCGCAAUGCGAACCUUGA